CACGGAGGCCUCCGUGUAGGCCUCUGUGAAGCCUGAACUCCAGUAGGGCCCAAGCCAGCCAGGAAGGAGGAGGCAGCCAGAGUGGCCACCACUGGUCUCUGCAGCAGAAGACCCCUUGCUGCCAGAUGAAUCAGAGGAAGAUGAAGAAGAAGAGGCGGGAGCAGCGGCAGAGUUCCUAUGCCUGUUCCUCUUUUUUGCCAGCUUAGGCAGAUUACGCUGUGCCAGGGACUGUACCAGGAUGCCGUUUGGCCAUGAGGUCCUUUGUCAAAAUGCUGUUUAAGAAGAUAUCUGCUUCAUGUAUGAGGAACAUAAAGAUGUUCCAAAGUAACAGACCAAUUGCUCCUCUUGGGUCACGGAUUUUAUUGGAUCCUGAUAAAGUUUUUGAUCAUAACAUGUGGGACCACAUGCAGUGGUCACAGGAAGAAGAAGAAAGAGCCAGAGGAAAAACCAUAGAGAAUUCACUUGUAAAAGUCCAACCAGAGCUGCGAGACAGAUAUGAAAGAGAAGCCAGUAAAUACUGGAAUGAAUUUUACAAGACCCAUAAGAACAACUUUUUCAAAGAUCGCAACUGGUUGUUCUUGGAAUUUCCUGAGCUUCUUUCAGAAGGAAAAAGUGACCAGGUAGAUUUUGCAAAAUUGGAUGCCACAGAACACUUUCCAGGAAUGCUUGAAAACAGCCAUCUUUGUGAGGAUAAUUCUGCUAUAGAGUUAUCUUUGGUGCAAGAAGAUGAUUUCAGCGCACGCUACGACUGCUCUGUUGCCAAUUACCAAAGUGUCAAGUGCUCUGAAGAAAAGAAUAAUCAAGAGCCCUUCCCUGGCCAUGAUGCUGCUUUCCGAAUAUUGGAGGUUGGUUGUGGCGUUGGAAACAGUGUGUUUCCUGUUUUGAAAGCUACUUGCCGUAAUCCUAGAGUCUUUGUAUAUUGCUGUGAUUUUGCUUCAGAAGCUGUGGAGCUAAUCAAGUCCCACUCCUCCUUCGACGCCUCCAGGUGUUUUGCCUUUGUUCACAACCUGUGUGAUGAUGCCUCACCCUACCCGCUCCCAGAUGAGAGCAUGGAUAUCGUUCUCCUUGUCUUUGUCCUAUCUUCGAUUCAUCCUGACAGGAUCCAAGGCGUUGUAAAUAGGCUGGCCAAAUUAUUGAAACCUGGUGGAAUGAUGCUAUUUCGAGACUAUGGAAGAUAUGAUAUUUCUCAGCUCCGUUUUAAAGAAGGCCACUGUUUAUCAGAGAACUUCUAUGUACGAGGUGAUGGCACCAGAGUUUAUUUCUUCACAACAGAUGAAAUACAUCACAUUUUUUCUUCAGCUGGCUUAACUGAAGUGCAGAAUUUGCUUGAUCGACGUCUGCAAGUAAACAGGAAGAAAAAGGUGAAGAUGCAUCGUGUUUGGAUACAAAGCAAGUUCCAAAAACAACGGCAGCUGACUCAGAGUAGGCAAGGAGAUGUUCCAGAUAAGCACAGUGCAUAGUCUGAACAUGACUUUUUACAAACUGUCCUGUGCUCAUGGCUAAAAACUCAGGAAGACUUUUGAACAUAAAUAUUUCUUACCAUUUAAUCAUGGUAAUUAAUGGGAAUUUGGCCUUGAUCCAGGAAAAAAAAUAUGACUAGCUCUACACGCCAUUAAAGACUGACUUUUUAAAUUACCAGUACUACACACUGCACCCUAUGAUGAUCCAUUUCUGGAAAUUGUGGGCAGCUUGAAAAUAAAUGUGAUGUUGAAUGAG